AACCCCAUUUUAGUUCCUGAGAUUCACGGUUUGCACCAAUUUAGUCCCUGACUUACCAAUUGCACCAUUUAUGUCCAUGACUUUGUGAAAAUUGCAUCAAGGUCGUCCCUAGCCUCAUCUCCGGCCAAAUUAAGUGGCUCCGGCAGUGACAUGGCACUGAGAAGCCAGGCUGGCGUAGAUAAAGGCAAGCUGAGGUGGCAAUUGAAACUGUUUGACCCAAUGUGGUCCCUAUACCUAAUUUUAAUCCCAAUUUAUACCAUGGCAUUGUCACCCCUCUUCAUCUUCUUCUCUCUGCCCAGCAACGUUCUUCAUUGUCUUCGUUGAUCCUACUGGUUGAACUGCAAAGAAAACCAUGAUUGGGUGUGCGAGCCAAGGUCAAGGAAGCUGUACACGAUCAACGACGAGAACGCGGAGUAGGAACAGACCAUCGCGGGUACCAGAGCGGUGUGGGUGCGGCUGCCGGCCGGUGCUUCGUUGGUCCGGAACAACUACCAACCCAGAUAAGCCCUUCUUCGGUUGUCCAAAUUACAAUACUAGGGACAAAACAUGGUGUGGAUUUUUUCUCUGGGCUGAUGAUGUAGAAGAAGAAGAGGAACAUGAAGGAAGAGUGGAUGCAACUGCAGUUGACAAUGAGCAAGUGAGAGUGAAUUUAGCAUGGAGGAUUGGAAAAUUGGAAGCUGAUAUGAGGACACAAAAAUCUAUGAUACAAUUCUUAGGCAUAGUGGUGUUUUUUACUGUAGCUGCUGUAUUGAUUAUGACUUUGAAGUUCUGACAAUGUUGUAUGUAAUGUAUUCAUGGAUGAAUGAAAGUAAGAGGUGGUUUUUUAUCUUGAGAUAUAUGCCCUGUU